CCCCAUGAUACUCAGGCUGGGGUUCUCCUCAGUGGGCUUUAAGGACCACCUGUGCUCUUGCUUGCAGCAAAGCCAUGGAGCUGAGGCUUCAGACUGGGGCCACCUUGAAUCCCACGCACCUGGAGUGGGUUAAUCCCCAAAUAUUCACUGUUUUUCCUGCUGCAAGUCAAUGCUGUAGUGUGGGAUGUGCUCGUGCCACAUCCUCCGACCCAGUUGACACUGGGCAGCCCCGGGAACCCGUUACCAAACAUAAAGAGAGUUUGGUGCUGGCUAUUUCCUCUUCUCAUAGAGAGCGGGUUAAGGGCCUGUGGCAGAUGAUAUACGUCUGAAGAAAACUAUAAAUCAUUGCUUUGGGCCCUUCUGCAACUCUCCGCGGCGCUCUUCAGCGAUGCGUUCAGAAGCGUUUUGAAUACUUUCCACUCGAGAAAGAAUCAUUCAGCCUAAAAAACAGGAAACACAUGGCCCACAGCAGCGCCUCUGAUUUGAGUACACCUGUUCUCAUAAUGAGCACGGCAGCAGAUAUUAACUCCACAUCGACAGCAGCUCCGUGAACCGAGGCAUGGGCUGCAGGGCAUCACUUUGGCUGCUCAUCUCUAGUUGCUGGGUUUGGGGCAUAGGCUGUGGGACAAUGGAGACAGUGCUUGGCACCCUGGGGAAGGCAACAAUCCUGGGGGUCCCCCCUAAAUUCCAGGAGCUCACCCAACGUUUUGGGACAGCCACGUGGAAGCGGAGUGUGGAAAACCCACUAAACAAGGAAUAUUUAUUCACAUACUACAAUGGGAACUACACCAACUACAAGCCAGGACAGAUUCGCUUCCAUCCAUCCAACUUCUCACUGGAGAUCCUCAGCACCCAACGGCAGGACCAGCAACUCUAUGAGUACUCCAUCACCAUGGAAGCCGGGGAGACUAACUGGCAUAUCCAAUUGGCAGUGUAUGAGCCCGUGUCUGAUCCCAGCAUCCACAUCCUCGACUGGAUGCUGGCCAAUGACAGCUGCACAGUCACCCUUAAUUGCACGGCGGCACGAGGGGACAACAUAUCCUACAGCUGGGCCAGCUCUGAGGCCAGCACCUCAUCACCCUGCACCCACAAUGGCAGCCUCCUAUUGCUCUCCUACGACCCCACCAACAGCAGCCUGGCUUGUGCCUGCACCGCCAGCAACCCCGUCAGCCGCCGCACCACUGCCUUCCACUCCUCCAUCUGCAGCAUUGAGCAGCAAGGCAGCUGGAGGACAGGGAUGCUGCUGUUGGGAGUGGUGCUGCCCAUAUUGAUCCUGAUCGUGAUCGCCGGGGCCUUCACUCUGGUCUAUGUGAUUGCAAACAUGAGACAACCAAGGGAGCAGUCGCCGCACACUGAGGACAGCACAGUGCACACCAUCUACUCUCAGGUGCAGCGGGUAGAGAAGCCAAAGCCCCCCUGCAGCCCCGUGGGCACUGAUCACCCCACCUGCACCACCAUUUACGCUGCAGCCACCAACGCAUCCUUACCCCCAUACAGCCCUCAGAGCCCCAACACGGAGCCCAAGACAGUUUAUGCCAGCGUGAUGCUGCCCAUCAGCUGAGCCUCCCUGCAGGGCAGGACCCGGCUCCGCUCCCGCACCCUACAUCCAAACCCCGCAUCCCUGCGGGGGACCUCGCACAUCCCUGCGCAUAAGAAGCACGCAGCUCCCGACCCCAAAGCAUCGCGCUGAAGGAGCAAAGAGAGCCACAGAAGCAAGGCGAGAAAGCAAAGGGAGCUGCGUAAUGAAGGGACCCGAUAGCAGCAGCGCUCGGAGUGAUGGACUCGCCAGGGGGAGCCCAUAGAGGACAAUGAGGGCUGCCUAACCACAGCAGAAAAGGAAAAGCAACGAAUCAGAAGGUGCCCCGUAGGCGGUUCCGAGGUGUGCACAGAAGAAACCGUGUCACAACGAGGAGUCCCUGCGGUUCUCCCAGCUCUCCCGUGGACGUGGGAAGCAUCACAUCGCUUCUCCAUCCCCUGGGCUGGGUGUCCAGCCGAGCUUGGGGGUGUGAGCAGCUCUGUGUCCCCACCUUGCACAGCAUCAGGACAAUGGGAGGCUCAGGGUUGUCAGCUCUUUCCAGCUGUGCCAUAAACCCACUUUCAUCUGGGCUCAGGCAGCAGGGCCGACCUCACCUGCUAUGGAAAAUAAACAUAUAGGAAAAUGUUUCAGGAA